UCUCUCUCUCUCUUUCUCUCUGUGUGUUGCAACUUACAAACACAAGUACACAACACAGAAAGACAGUGAGCGAGUUAUUGAGAGUCCAGAGAGAAACACAAAACAGAAGAAGAAGAGUUCAGUCCAGACAUUAGAAUGCAAGCAGCGGAGGCUGAAAUGAACGGCGCGGAUAGCAAUGCAUUUCCGAUCGCGGGUCCCAGUAAUAACCUCAACCUCUCUUCUUCCCCUUCUCGUGAGGAGGAUUUUUAUGACAAACUAACCAAGUUUUAUCAGACCUCUGGCCUCAGUCUAAUUUUCGAUUUCCGCGAGACGAAAGUUAACCUGUACCGUUUCUAUAAAGAUGUGAUUGAUAGAGGAGGAUACUGUCAGGUAAGCAAAGACGGGCUAUGGGAUGAAGUUGCAUCUUCCUUAAAUGCAGAUAGCAGUGUUUUAGUACCACCAAAUCAAAUUCAAAUGCUUUAUGCAAAUCUCUUUUAUCAGUUUGAGCAAACAUACUACUACCGUUCUCCUUCUAAAGUAAAGGAAGCUCAACUGUUGAAAGCUGCUCUAACAGGUCAAUCUUUUAGUUCUGGCAAAAAAUCAGGCGGCCUGACGAAGAAGCGAAAGCAUAGUGAGGGUAAUGAUGAUAGCCUGGUAGAAAAAAGGGCUUCCGUGCAAAGUCCUGCCCACUUGCCUACAGGUCCUGCCCACUUGCCUACAGAGAUCAAGUCAGUUGAGAGGAACUCACCAUUGCAAGUGCCAACAGAAGAGACAGGUGUAGUCUUAAAAACACCAACAAAAGCCAAGGAAACGAAGAAGGCAUAUAUGAAGGAAAUGAAGAAACACUCAAAUGCUCCCGUGGGUUUUAGAACAGGAUACAUGAUCUUUCUCAAGAUGGAAUGUGAAAGAUUAAAGAUGAUACACGGGGAGGACUCAGCUGGCCAAUACAGAGAUAUGGCAAAUGAGGCAUGGAGGCGUCUCUCUGAGAGCGCCCGAAAGCCAUACAUUGAGGCAAGUAAAAGAGACAAGGAGAGAUAUACCCGAGAGAUGGCUGAGUUCAAGAUAGUAUAUGAUCAGAUUGCAGAAACGCAAAAUGUGGUUACCACAAAUCCAAAUCUUGUGAUUGACUUUGCAAAACCUUCUUUACCUUCUUUGCAAACUGACGGGGACUACCAUGUGAGUCUACCAGAUGAUGCAUACCAUGUGGCUUUGCCAUCUGAUGCGGGCGACACUGUUACAAACGAACAGUUAGCUGCGGAGAUUGUGCAGAACUCUGCAUCAACUGAUCCCGAGUUUCAGCUCAACUGGGAUGGGUACACUUGAGGUAGUCAAGUAAAAAUUGUUGGGUCCUGGAGGCUUUACUGGGAGCAGUGAUUUUAAAAGUUCCCUAGUUAGAGUGGGUGCCAUUCCACCUAAUAUAUUAUAAAAUUUUGUAAAUUUUGUGUAUACUUUGUAACCAGCAGAAGUCUUUUUGAAAUCUGCAAGUUGGUUGAUGUUUUCCUGGAUUAGUUUAGUGGAAGUGAUAACAAUCAGUU